AUGGAACAGUUAUCUGGUCUAACAGUCGAACUUGAAAGCAGAAGCCAAUCAUGCCGCGAUCAAUUAACGAAGCUUGGUGCUCCUCGACCAACAGUAGACCAACAACGACAACAUCUACUACAUAUUAGUCACCAUUUUCAUCUCCUCGCUCAAGCUGCCAUGGACGGCUCCUACAAGGAUCAAUUCUUCGAAGAUACAAAAUCUCCAGACGGCUUAAAAAGGCGCCUGCGAGCCAUCAUUCAGACGCAAAGCGACCAUUUCGCCAAUGACAUGGCAGGAAGAGGCCAUCGUUUCGAAAUUUAUCAACAAGGCUUCAACAGAGCGGCUGUGCCGCAGGGCAUUAUUCCAUUCACAAAAGAGGAUAUGACUGAGCAUAUCAGACAUUUGAUGUUGCAGACUAGAGGGAAAGAGUUAUCUUCAUCAACGAAUUCCAUGGUUGUGGCGGACCUAUUUCGGGAGAAUUCAGCUCCUUGGGGGGAUUUGGCUCAUGAUUACAUUGCAUCGAUUUGGAAAGCUGUUGAGGGGUUUGUUCAUCAAGCAAUUACUCAAAUUGCUGGCCCCACGACUGCCCAGGUUAUCUUUUCAGAAGUCUUACAGCCUGCUUUGAAUAUCUUGAGAGACGAUCUGAGAUCUAAAACUGAGGAGCUGUUGAUGCCGUACAAAUUCAAGCACCCCAUUACGUAUCAUCGAGACUUUCUGGCAACAGUUCAAAGACACCACGAGCAUUGCCAGGUCAGUGAUAUUGCGAGGAUCCUCAGUGGGUACUUCGAUGACCUUAAUAAUGCCAUGGUUCAGGCAAGACAGGACAUUACUUCACUUGCGAGGGGGUUGAUACCUCCUACCGAUACUGAUACUGAACUCGCAUGCGCGGAUGCAUAUGAUUGUAUGAUGAUUUAUUACAAGGUCAAUUACCUCAUUUCCAUAUUUCUAGGAGUUUGA